AUGAAGAAAAACAAAUCGCCCAAAACUCAACAAGAGUUGGAGAAUACUUUCGAAAUUGUUAACCACGUUCAAAAUAAUAGAAACAAUAUUAAUAAUGAUUUGACAUUUAAUUAUAACUUGUCAAACUCAUCGUCAUCAGAGUCAUCGCCAACAACAGCAGAUUCUGAUGAUUCAUUAAGGACAUUAGUGGGAAACAAUCAAGUUUAUCAACGAGGACAUGGGAAUCAUAAAUUUGCUACUACUGCCCUUUCUUCAUUUCAUGUUGCGUACCUUGGUGAGAAGGUACCAGAAACUUGCAUAAGUGAUGUCUUUCAAAAAUUAUCAGAAGGUCUUGGUGAAUUUUUUUGUCAAGAUAUAAUAGAAGAGGAAGCGAUAGAUGGAGAACAAUUUUCUAGAGAAAAACGGUAUAUCAUAUAUCCACAAGGAAGUGAAAUUAAUCCCAAGGAGUUAAUUUACACUGACACUGGUGUCUCUCUCUACACUAUCGAUCUUACCAAUAAAAAAUUAUCUGUUGCCAAAAAUAUUUUACUCGAAAAAUAUUUAAAUAUCAAAUCUGAUGAUAAUAAACUUGAGAAUGAGAUUAAACAAAAGAAGAAACAUGCUUAUAAGAGAUUUUAUCACAAUUGGAUUGAUCUGUGUGUUAUAUUUUUACCUUCGAAUUUAUUAAAAAUUCCUUCUACAUAUAUUUCAACUAUGCUGGAACUACAAAAAUAUGUAACUUUAUUUCCUAUAAUUUGUUCAGUUGAUUCACAAAUAGGCCUAGAUGAGCAAAACCGCAGAAAAUUAUAUAAAUAUUUGGUAAGUAAAAAAAUACAAUUAUUUUUAUGGGGAGAUGGUUAUGUGAGAGGAGAAUUAUUAGAUGGACCAAGUAAUCGUCAACUUCCUAAGGGUGACGUUGUUGAUUCCACAAAAAUUCAAAAUUUAAUGCACAAUAGAAAGUUUUUAAAAUUAGAAUCUGAUUUAGUUUAUAAGGAUAUGCAUACUCUAAGAGCUCAAGCUAUCAAAUUAAAAAAAAAUCAUAAAUUAAAAAUCAAUUCAUCAAAUCAUGAGAAUCAAUUUAAAAAGAAGGAAAUACUCAUUAUUGCAUCAAUAUUAGCCAUGCUUGUGGUUUACUUUAUAAUUUUUCUCGUAGCAAAUCUUUCUCUAUUAAAUAUUCUCCCAGGCAACAGCUAUGAUAAAAUACAUAAUUCACUUCUCGGUAAUAAGCAUUUUGGUAAUAAUGUUCAAUAUAAAGGAUCUUCGGAAUACAUUCAAGUUUGGCAAUUGCCAAACAACAAAUUUUUAUUUGAUAUAAUUGAUUCAAAUUACGCCAAAGACAAAGAAUUUGAGGUUAUUUUACAAUAUGAUGAUGUGACAUCAGUCAAGAAAGAGGUUAAUAUGAUUGAUGAGAACCAAUAUUCAUUUAAUAUUGAUUUUGAGGAAUUUGUUGGAGUUGAUAAAAAUUUAUUGAUUAAAAUAACUGAUAAAAAUGGUACAAUUAUAAAAGAAUUUAACUAUUUCCAAACAAAUGAAAGAAUCUUGGAUGGUGGUAGUGAAGAAGAAGAAGAACCUAUUAUGAUGGUAUUAGCUUUGCCAUUAGUACAAUUUAUCAACGAACCAAUAAGAUUGUGA